AUGGACCCCGAGAAAGCGCCGACUCCGGAGGUGGGAUCAGAAAAUGGCAGCAUCAAGCCUGGUGGGACACACGUUGAGGAGUUGCGACGAGAACAAACCCACGUCGACGUUGAUCCAGCCCUACACAGAAGGCUGAACCGAAAGUUUGAUUCCCACGUGAUCCCUUUCCUUUUUGGAAUUUGGCUUCUCGCCUUCAUCGACAGAUCCAACAUCGGCAAUGCGAAGAUCGAUGGUUUGACUCAGGACCUGGGGUUGGAGACGGGCACCAAGUUCAACAUUGCCCUUCUCGUCUUUUACAUCCCUUAUAUUCUCGUCGACGUACCCAGCAACUGGAUCAUCAAACGAAUCCGGGCAGGCAUUUACUUGCCCGCCCUCAUCACCGCCUGGGGGCUUGUUAGUACAUUCCUCGGGUUCACCAAGUCCUUUGGGGGCCUGGUCGCCGCACGAUUCUUCCUAGGCGCCUUCGAGGGUGGCCUUCUGGGCGGCAUCAUUGUAUACCUGGCAAUGUUCUACCGCCGACACGAGAUCCUCUGGAGAAUGGGCAUGUUCUACUGCGCGGCUCCACUAUCAGGGGCGUUUGGUGGGCUUUUGGCGACAGGAUUGGCAACUAUUCGGUACAAUGGAUAUAACAGGUGGCCGUGGAUAUUCUUCAUUGAGGGAAUCAUAACGACUGUCUUUGGGAUUAUAUGUUUCUUUUUCAUGCCGCACACGCCGGCCGAUGCCAAGUUCCUUACCGAGGAGGAGAGAGCUCUCGCCAUGGGACGCUUGAAAGAGGAUGCACACGGUGCUACAAACGUCGCCGAUGUAAACGAGGAGAAGUUUGAUUGGCAUUGGAGCUUCUCCCUCUUUCUUCCCACCAUCAUCACCGGUCUCGGAUACACCAACACAACAACCGCACAACUCUUCACCGUACCGCCGAACUUAGCGGCCUUCGUUACUGUCCUAUUAACGUCAUUGCUGUCAGAUAGGAUCAAAGCCAGAGGACCUAUCAUGGCUGCUGGUAACGUGAUAGCCAUAGCGGGAUAUAUCAUGCUGCUAGUAGCCAAGCGUGCCCAGGUCCGGGCUGGCUGUCGAACAACCUCGCACCACACUAUGUCCGCGCAACUGGUGUGGGUUUCAUGA